UGGCUUUUUCUACAAUUCUAAAUGGAACUAAACGCCCAGGACCGGCCAAUUAACCGCAGGUGGAAUUCUUAUAUGCCGGAUAUCGACAUUAAAAGCUGCCGAUAUGAACAUUUCUGCAGGCUCAUUGGCGAUUUUCCUAACAGCGGUUAUAUCGCAGCGCCGGUUGAUCUUGUACAGGAAACUGCACUGGAACGUUUGUCAAGAGUAUUUUGCGACGUGCGCAAUUCCGUUCGCCACCGACCAUGAUUGGGAAAGGCUGUCUGAUCAUCGUACUGAUCAUCCAGAUGGUGCCGUGGUCAGCCGCGCAACACCAGUCGCCCGGCAUGGACUCGACCUCGCGUUGCUUUGUUUUUCAGAAGAUCACGCUGUCGACCGGAGAGAUCAUCCACGGUUACCGAAACGUUCAGCUGUGUGCGUGCAAGAAAGUCAGGGAGGAGGCGCAAUCGGUGCCGUCCCCCAGGGGAUACAUUCCACACUGUACGAAGAGCGGAGACUGGGCGCCAUUGCAAAAUGAUGGGGUGAGUUACUGGUGCGUGGACGGUAACGGCAAUCAGACCAGCAAAACACACCACAAGAGGAACCUCUCCGAAUUGCCCUGCUAUGUCCCGCCCAAACCAACCAAACCGAGUAACAAGACGAAGCCCGAUCGUGUCCACGUCUGAUCUUAUAUGCCGGUGCCGCAACACUGUACUGCUGCAACUGGAUGCCAGUGCUCAGGAGAAAGAAGUUAAGAAACGGUGUUGCUUCGUCUGCAUCAGACGGCCUCUUACUUAAUUUGACGUCUACAAAGUGUUCUGCAUUUUAUUGUUAAUCAUCUAAUUAAGCAGAUUGUUCUACGCAAUUAAAGGCCAUAUUUUAUUG